AUGGGAAAGGGUAACAAUAUUAGCGAAUUUGAUCCAGGGCAGAUUGUGAUGGCCCGAAGACUCGAAACGAGUAUCUCAGAAACUACAAAACUGGUAGGUUGUUCACGAUCGGUCGUUGUUAGUACUUAUGCAAAGUGGAAAAAGACGGUGAAAACCAACAGUAGGCGUAAAAAUGUUGGACGGCCACUCGUCAUCAAAGAUACGGGACGUUGGAAACUAGGCCGCUUGGUAAAGCAAAAUCGGAGGCAGACAGUUGAUCAACUAACAGAUCAAUACAAUGCAGGUGCGAGUGGAAGUGUUUCCGAACACACAGUUCAGCGGACACUGUUGGAUAUGGGACUGCGCAGCAGACGUCCCACUCGUGUGCCUCUAUUGACCAAUCAUCAUCGCCAACUACACCUACAGUGGGCCCGAGAACACCGAUACUUGUCCUUGGAUGACUGGAAGAGAGUUGUCUGA